UGUCAAGUUAUGUUUUGACAGAUAACAGAUUGGAAGGUUUGACAAUAAAUUUGUGCUACAGCAGUUGAACUGUAUUGAGUAUUCAUGAUUUAUUGUUAUAUUUUAAUUUAAAUAACUCACAAUGAAAGGUUUAAUUCAGAGAGUAACAAACGCUAAAGUCACUGUAAACGGUGAAGUAAUAAGCAGUAUUGAACAAGGACUCUGUGUAUUAAUUGGUAUAUCAAGCAAUGACACCAAGAAGGACAUGGAAUACAUUGCCCGUAAGAUCUUGAGUAUACGAAUUUUUGAUGAUGGUGCAGGAAAGAAAUGGAACAAAAGUGUUGUAGAUAAAGAUUACGAAAUUCUGUGUGUUAGUCAAUUUACACUGUACAAUACUUGGAAGGGUAACAAACCUGACUUCCAUCAUGCAAUGCCUGGUGAUAGUUCAAAAGAGUUUUAUGAAAACUUUUUGCAAAUAUUAAAAGAUGCAUAUAAGCCAGAAAAAAUAAAAGAUGGUCUUUUCGGAGCGUACAUGCAAGUCCACAUACAAAAUGAUGGCCCGGUCACACUUGAAUUGGAAUCGCCCGCGAAUCUACCAGAAAUCAAGGAGCGAAGGUGCAAUUCCAAAAAGGAACAAGAAAAUAGUCAAGUAGAAAAUAAUGUAGACAAAUAAUUAUUUUUAAGUGUAAAUAAAGGACAUAUUUAUUA